UCUGUUUCCAUGGUUGAAGAAAUUGGAAACAGAAGGAGAAAAGAUAAUCGGUGGAUCGGCUUCUUAAUUAAAUGUUAAUUAAAUGUUAAUUCCAAUUGUUAUUUAAUCUUGUUAAUUGUUCACAAUCAUAGGUGUUCACUGUGGUCUAAUCUAAUCGUAGUGUUUUUGUCUUAAUUUUUAUUAGAAAUUGUGAUAUUUAUAGUUAACUAAUCAACAAAUGCUUCCUGUUUACAACCAUGAAAAAGAAUAUAAGGUUUCCAAAGGAUUCCGGUUAAAAGAGAAAAUAAAUGGAUGGUUAAGAUUAAUAUUUGCAGAUAAGACGUCGCGUAAUUUAUUCCUCUUUCUGCUAUUAAAUGUAUCAUUCGCAUUCGUUGAGUUAUUUUAUGGAAUAUUAACCAAUAGUCUUGGCUUAAUAUCAGACUCUUUUCAUAUGUUUUUUGACUGUACAGCACUGGUUGCUGGUCUAGCUGCUUCUGUUAUAACAAAAUGGAGACCUAAUGAAAGAUUUUCUUAUGGCUAUGUUCGAGCCGAAGUAUUAGCUGGUUUUGUGAAUGGUCUUUUCUUACUAUUUAUUGCCUUUUUCAUCCUUUCUGAGGCCGUUGAAAGAGCAUUCGAACCACCUGAAGUUAAACAUGAUAGAUUAUUUAUUGUUUCCGUUUUGGGUUUUAUUGUAAAUUUGGUUGGUAUCUUUGCUUUCCAACAUGGUGGUCAGAUGCAUGGGCAUUCACAUGGUCAUGGACAUUCUCAUGGUCACGGGCAUUCACAUGGACCUACAUCGGUAACCAGUGUCCAAAAUAACCAUAAUCAUUCACACAACAAUUCAAAUCCUCUUCUUUCAUCACAUUCCCACAAUAACCAUAGUCAUGACCAUAAUCAUAGUCAUGAUCAUCACGAUGAACCAUUAAUACAAUCUGAAGAGGGACCCAAAAGUCAAAUAAUGCAAGGUGUAUUUCUACACAUUUUAGCUGAUACAUUGGGAAGUGUCGGUGUGAUCAUCUCAGCGAUAUUAAUGAGUCAAUUUGGUUGGAUGAUUGCUGAUCCAAUUUGUUCAAUGUUCAUCGCUACACUUGUUGCUAUUUCAGUUCUUCCACUUCUCCGUGAUUCUAUUGGUAUUCUCAUGCAACGUACACCUAGAGAAUUGGAAGCAUUAUUACCGCCUUGUUAUCAGAGGAUAAUGCAAAUAGAUGAGGUUUAUAAUGUUCAUCAACCACACUUUUGGACACUUUGUACAAAUGAAUAUGUUGGUAAUUUGAAGGUCGAAGUAUCCAACAACGCGGAUCCCAAAUACAUCUUAAGUCAUGUUGAAAGUAUCUUCAAACAAAUAGGAGUUAAACAAAUUUAUGUUCAAAUUGAUUACGCUCAUGUUUGACCAGAACGAGAAGUUAAAUUGGUCAUUAAAAGCUGAUUUUAUUACAUUUUACACCAAAAUUCGGAGCCAUGAACAAAGCUUUCAAUUGUGAACUUUUUUUUUACCAACAUAAACUUGAAUAUUUUUCUAUUUUCACUCAAUCUCGAGGAACAAUAUAAUAACAUAUAUAUUGGCCAUUCAGAAAGACCAUUAAUUUUGAAAGAUAGACUAUUAUAUAACAUGGAUCAGCUCAUUAUCAUGAACCCCUGGUUUCGAGUGGAUUUAAUAUAAAAUAAUUUGGUUCAAUGAUUUA